AUGGAUACACGAUCUCGCAUAAGUGGACCUUAUACUGACGCAACAGGUGAAUAUGUUCGAAAUGGUGGUCGAUAUGCCUUGGCUACAGCUGUACUUGAUAGUAUCGUGCUUGUAUUUGCUAUUGUUAUAGCAUUUCUUCUUCGAGCAUCGGAUAUAUUUCCUGUUCGACAACAACGUUUUCUAUGUGAUGAUGCUCGUUAUUAUCAAUCAUAUGAAGAUGCUAAUACAGAACGAAAUUAUAUUAUACUUUCUAAUGUUACUCUUUAUGGCAUAUGUUUAUUAGUUCCAAUUAUUGUCAUUUCAAUAAUUGAACUUAUUCGUUCGUUUAUAUCGUAUAAUUCUUAUCGAACACGUUUUGCUAUUCGAUUUAAAGAUUGUCUUAUUCGAUCAUUGGCUCGUAUUCUUAAAUAUAUUUCUGUGUUUAUUUUUGGUGCAUUGGCAACAACUGUUCUUACAGAUAUUUUAAAAAUAAUGUCAGGUCGUUUAAGACCUUACUUUUUAACUUUAUGUAAUCCAGAUCAAAAAUCAUGUAAUGGAAUGGGUUUAACUGAUGCUGAAUUUGUAUGUCUUUCUAAGAAUAUGACUGGAUUAUUAAGAGAAGCUCGACUUUCUUUUCCAUCAUUACAUGCUUCAUUAUCAAUGUAUAGUGCUGCAUUUCUUGCGAUUUAUCUUCAUCGAGAAAUACGUAUUGAACGUGUUCGAAUUGUUAAACCAUUUCUUAUUUUAUCAAUAAUUACAUUAUCGGUUGUAGCCGGUGGUGUUCGACUUGCAAGUAAUAAAAAUCAUUGGGAAGAUGUAGCAUUUGGAUUUGCAUUAGGAGCAAUUAUUGCAGCUUAUCUAACGAAAACUUUACGUUCACCAAAAUCAUUUAUUGGUUCACCAGCAGCACGAGCUGCUAAUUAUGAUGAUUAUCAAAGUUAUGUUGAAGAUCAAACUCAAUACAAUAAAGAAAUGGAUGCGACGUAUACUCCUGGUAUGGAUGCUGUUUAUCAAACAACUGGUCAUAGUAUCAGUGGUCCUGAACAAUUUUCAUUACAACCAAGUGCAUCUCAAGGUCAUAUAGCUGGUGGUUUUGCACGUCAUCGAUAUGAUCUUAAAACUCAAAUGCAACAACAACAAGCAGCUGCUGCUCUUGCUGCUCAACAAAUAUCAACAGAUAAAACGGUUGCUACUGUAGGACGUGGAGAAGCGACAAAUGGUGUUGUACAACAACUUGUUCAUCAAAUUCAACAUCAACCACAUACAUCAACAAGUAGUCAACGUGCUAGUACAUCAAUGAGUGCAAUCAGAUGA